CCUCACUCCGUCGACAACGUCUGCCCUGCUUGGCCUUGCGCUACCCUCGACGCUGGCGAUAGCAUCGACCACGGUGCUGCUGGGCUUAGCAUUCACGGGAGUGCUGGCACCAUGCCUUUCGCCCUCAAGGUCGUAUGGUUCAGCCUGUCCAUCCUCGGCAUCGUCGCGUCGUGGACCAUCCUCACGCCGCUUGCGAGGCUGACAGGAUCGACAUGGGCUCCUUUGCUAUACUGUGUGGCCGUAAGCGUCAUGCAGAUCAUGUUUUGCAUAGGAAUGGUCUGGUGCAUGAACCCUGCUCGUAUGCCUCACGGCUUUUGCGUCGCUCAGGUUGCUAUCAUGAGUCUAGCUGCAUGUGUCCUGACAGGCGUAUGCGCCGCACUUACUAUCGCCACAUCUGUUUUCGUUUUUAAUCCGAAGCCCAGCUCCUAUGUUUCGUUUUCACUACUACGCUGGAGACCAGUAUACUUAAUAUUUAUUCUCGCCUAUCCAGUCGCCGCUCUGGUCGCCCACCUUACCGUCAUCAUCAAAUUUGAUGCGGUGAAUACGUUCAGUGAUGAUAAUUUUGAGUGUGACGCCACGGAUCCAUUAUGGACUCGUCUAGUGGGCUACGCGGGCGUCCCUCUCCUUCUUGGGAUACCUGGAUUUAUUGUUUCCCUUGUCACAGCGCAUAAAAUCCGUAAGGCUCAAAGAUAUGCCGGCCGUCACGAUCCUGUCCGCACGGCGUCCAGUCACGGUGGACCAAUGUCUUUUACAUCCUUUCCAGCAAGGAUUUCGCGACGGUCUAAAGCAGGAUUCGCCAUGGCCACUCGGAACAUCAACGUACACGGUCAAAAGAUGGGCACACGGCCGACGAACGCGGGCUUGCAGCAAGAUUCAGAAGCUUCGCUGAAGGCUGGUACAUUAUCAGCGCACCAUAACUCUUCGCAUGAUCGUCAAACCCUCACACCCGGUCGUGAUGAGGUUCCCCUCGCACCGCCAUCUAGGCCGCCUUCUCAUUCACACCCAAAUUUAUCCAUAUCGACUGACGGAGAUACAUCCUCUCGUCGAUCAGCCUCACCUUCACCCAUCACAUUUGCUCCUGUAGCUCCAUUGCCUUCUCGUCCACGACCAGCCGGAUUUCCUCUCGGAGAGUCCGGAGGACCUUCGGUUUCUAGUGGCCCUUAUUCACCAUCCUUCCCAGAUCCUGGAGCUCUUACGACUGCAUUUCCUGGCUCUGAUCUUAGCGAAGAGGGAGCUGGAGAGGCUAUCGCGCCUCCAACCGAAGAGGCGACAUCUGGGACGCGAUCGCCCGUGGCGUUCGAUCAAAAUGUUGAUUCGAGCCGAGGGUUUCACCUUCCUCUCCGUCCUAGUCUUGAGCUUUCCCCGGAAUAUGCGCUCGUGGCUAUGCGUCAGGAAGAGAUCGAGAAUUCGUUGGCAGCGAAGGUGAACGGAGGAGCUCCAGAUUGGCUAUCGUCUCCGCCACCACAGAGCUCUACCAAGUGGAUUCGAGAUCGACGAUACCGAGCGGAGGACGUCAAAGAGGUAGAAGAGGAAGAUAACGUCACACUAGACACUCUGGGCUGGUCAGGCAGUCGCACUGGGAGAAGUAGAAACGGGAGUGGCGGAGGCGGUACAUUCCACGGGGGAGAUGAGGAAGGAGACUUCACAGUCGAAGGAGAAGACAUCAGGAGCAAAGAGGGCUACGAUGAUUAUGAAGACAUGGCAGAGGCUCCAAGGGAACGGCGUGGCGGUGGCAAAGCUUUAGAUCGUCUGGGAUUGGGACAUCCAUCACCCCAACCACCUCGACACGACAGUCCCAGCAGCAUCUUAUUGAAACUUGUAGUGUUUCAGAUGGGAUUCUUUGUUAUACUCGCCGUGGCAUCCGUCUCCACCCUCAUCGACGUUAUAAAAGGCCGCGCGCCUAUGGCAUUCGGGUCACAACAUGUUGCUAUGCUAUUAGCGGCUUGGUGGCCUGCUAUAGUGUUCGGUCGUGUACCAGAAAUUUGUCGUCGCCCAUGGCGUUCAUGAUCUGUUAUGUGUAUGAUGCCUCAUGUUCGUUUCUCAUCUGGUCUUUUGUAUCGCUCUCCCAGGCUGUGACAUCUGCUUGCUCCUUGUACCGUCGCCGUAAUCACCCAACGUGUUUCUCUUCUCUUGAUCCACGCUAAAUCUCUGUUAAGCGUUCAUUCUAGCCUUUCGAUGUCACAUCACUGUAUCAUAUUCUCAAACCCUACAGGCUUCACAACUCUAAGCGUUUACAUCUACUCAUUCGAUCUUGCCCACUCACUUCGUUGUCAUUGCGUUGCCAUCGGAUCCCUCUUUGUCGUGUGUUCAUUCACUCUGUAUAUACCCUUCGAUUUCCAUCAGGUCGCCAAGACGUCCUCAUGGCCUUUAUGUUUGCUUUCAUCUUGAUUUUCUCACUCUCUAUUUCUGUGUUGACGGUCGUGUCGUGGUGAUUGUUCGUUUCAGAUGUCUCACUAGUGGGACCCAAGUUCCAACUUACACAUUUUAAUAGUUGGUAGAAGGGGAAGGGAUAUGAAACACUGCUAUCGUAUUUGUACGAUUUGUAUCUAGUCUUAUAUAUGGAGUGUACGCUCGCUAGUACCUACCUUGGUUUCCUUGC